AUGGCCAUAACGUACGGACGACAUCACAUCACCAUCGGAGCAUUCUCUGACUCGAAGUACAUCGUGAAUAUGCUGGCGAAGUGCACGAAUGCAGCCGAACGAGACCAUUUGGUGUUUUUAUUGAGUAAGUUAGCGCAAAACAAAGAGAAUGUUCGUGAGCUGAUCUGUGCUGGGGCGUUGUCGAUUCUGGUCGAUUUGGCCGUAUUGGCUCAUUUGCAUGUGAAUCGUGCUAAACUUCAUGGACAGGUGCAGUCAAAUUUGUUGGAAGCAGCCAAGGGACCGGAGAGCGAUGCUGGAACACCGGAAUGGUAUUAUACGGACAAAAAUGGUCAACGACAAGGGCCGAUCUCGUUCGGAAAGGUGCGAUUUCUUUUGCUUCGUUUUAUUUUUACGUUUAAUUUUACAGAAAGAAAUUGGAAUCAGUUCGUCGUCGAAGGUGUCAAAGCUAAAUAA